UAACCUAUAUCUUAGUUGAUGAAUGUUUUUUGGUUGGAUAGUCAAAAUAAGUAUAAUGGCUGAUUAGUACCCCAUAACCUACAAAACCACAGUCGUACGACGAAGAUGUUCUUUCUCAAUCCUCUUAAUUAGAAAAAUGAACCUCGUUUGAAAUUCAGACAUGGGACGUGCCGGCACAUUGAAGUUUACAGUGGAUAUGUGCUUUCAAGUAGUCAAUACUUGGGUGUGGUCCCACAGGCAAGCAUGUCUUUUGCUGAAGGAGACUAUCCAGCAAUGGCUUCCUAUAGAACAGGAGGGAAAGUUCAAGGAACAAAUGUAUAUUUAUACAUUUGUAAUGCUCAAAAGUGCCUAUUUCCCCAAGGCCCAAAAGCUGUGAAAAAAGUUGACCAAAGUCAAGAAAUCAAAGCUUGGUACCUAAAUCUUCUUCCAUUAGAAUCUCCUGAAUCUUCUGCCAUUAAUUCUGAAUCCUUUAUAUCACAAGCUAUCAGACACCUACGUAUAAAAUACCAGGAAACGGGGUUGCAUAUUUGAUGGAAAAUUAACUAUCGGUAUUUCGAUAUAGACUCUCUCUAAGGCAGUGCCACUGCUUUCCAAACUACCCUCAUUGAGCCACCCACCCACUUCUCAGCAUCUCCACUCUCCUUGAUGAAUGGCACCCUCACUCUCGCUCACAAACUUCUCAAAUCCCACAAGGGCCACAUCACAGCCCUCUUCAAGCAAUCUCUUCAUAUCCCCACCUCCCACUUCCUACAAACUGGCUUCACUCUCUCCUCCCUACAAUGUGGAACCCUCUUGCAGUCCCUCACCAACACCAAAUCCUUUGCAAAAGGCCAGCAACUCCAUGCUCACGUGACCACUUGCGGUACUCUCCAACAGAACACUUACCUGAACACCAAACUCGCUGCCUUUUACGUGAGUUGUGGCCGUAUGGCAGAAGCCCAGUUGAUUUUUGAUGCGAUUGGUUCGAAGAAUAAUUUCUUGUGGAGUUUCAUGAUCAGGGGAUAUGCUUGUAGUGGGUGUUCUUUAAAGUCCGUUGCUUUGUACCGUGAAAUGUUGAGUUUCGGAUGGAAGGCGGACAAGUUCACGUACCCGUUUGUUCUUAAGGCCUGUGGCGAUUUGUUGCUUGAGGAUAUCGGGAGGAGGGUUCAUGGUGAGGUAGUGAUUAGUGGAUUGGAGUCUGAUAUUUACGUGGGAAAUUCUCUGCUUGCGAUGUACUCAAAGUUUGGGGAUAUGGGAACGGCGAGGGUGCUAUUUGAUAGAAUGCCUCUGAGAGAUAUAACGUCUUGGAACACGAUGAUAUCGGGCUAUUUGAAAAAUAAUAACCCCAAAAAGGCUUUGGUGGUUUUUGAUAUGAUGGCAAAUUCUGGAUUUGGCGUGGAUGGGACUACUUUGCUCGGUAUCCUCUCUGCUUGUGCUGGUCUAAUGGCCUUAAAGCCAGGGAAAACUUUACAUGGUUACAUUGUUCGAAAUAAUGCUGAGUUUUCUAAUAAGUUUUUGAGGAAUGCUCUUAUUGAAUUGUAUUGCAGUUGUAGCUGUAUGGCAUACGCAAGGCAGCUAUUUCAUGAGACCAAGCUAAAAGAUAAAGUUUCUUGGAAUUCUAUGAUUUCAGGUUGUGAAAAGAGUGGAGAUGCUUUUGAGAGCUUAAGACUUUUCCGUGAAAUGGUUAAAGAAGGAGAAGGGCCUGAUGAAGUGACUGUUGUAACAGUUCUUGGAGCUUGUGAUCAGAUUACAGCCUUACAAUUCGGCGCCUCUGUUCACUCAUGUCUUGUUAAGAAAGGGUUUGGUAUCAAUACUAUUGUGGGAACUUCCCUCAUAGACAUGUAUUCCAAAUGCGGAAGCUUGACUUGUUCACGUCGGGUUUUUGAUGAGAUGCCGGAAAAGAACUUGGUUUCUUGGAGUGCUAUGGUUAUGGGAUAUGGGGUUCAUGGGAAGGGAGGAGAGGCCAUCUCCAUUUUUCAUGCUAUGAUAGCGAACAAUGUUCUUCCAGAUGAAGGUGUUUUUACUUCUGUUUUAUCAGCAUGUAGUCAUGCAGGAUUAGUCAAUGAGGGAAGACAAAUAUUCCAACAAAUGUCCAGCGAGUACAGUGUCAAGCCUACACCUGCUCACUAUUCAUGUUUGGUAGAUCUUUUAGGAAGAGCAGGGCGCUUUGAUGAAGCAUAUGCGCUUAUCAAAAGUAUGGAAGUUGUUCCUACCAGUGAUAUAUGGGCUGCACUACUUUCUGCUUGCAGGCUGCACCAAAAUGUCUAUCUUGCCGAAAUUCUGGAACAGAAAGUUUUUGAAAUGAACCCAAACGGGGUGGGUGCCUAUGUUUGCCUUUCCAAUAUUUAUGCUGCAAAGAAACGGUGGGAUGAUGUUGAAAGGGUAAGAGCCAUGGUAAGAAGGAAAGGACUGAAAAAGCCCCCAGGCUGCAGUUUUGUUGAGGUAGACAAGAUGGUUCAUCAGUUCUUAGUUGGAGAUACGUCUCAUCAACAGACAAAAGAUAUAUACGCCGAGUUAGAGAGCUUAAAACGGCGACUGAAGGAGGCUGGAUACAAGCCUGAUACAAGUUCAGUUUUUUACAAUGUCGAUGAGGAAGCAAAGGAGAAGAUGCUUUGGGGUCAUAGUGAAAGACUAGCCAUUGCUUUUGCUCUUAUUAACACUGGUCCAGGGACCAUCAUUAGGAUUACUAAAAACCUUCGCAUAUGUGGGGAUUGCCACACGUUGACAAAAUUAAUUUCUAAGAUCAAAUGUCGAGAAAUUAUUAUGCGAGAUAUCCAUAGGUUUCACCACUUUAAAGAUGGAAUCUGUUCAUGCGGUGAUUAUUGGUAAAUUAUACUUAACUAGGAUAAUUGUACAUUGAAUACAGAAAUAGUAAAUUCGGAGAUUUUAUUUGAACA